AUGAAUUUUAAUCUAGUAUCUAGUCCCCUUUUGUUUAUCGGUUCAAACUUAAAUCUACAUGAAUUGAAUGAUUUUAAUAAGAUUUUAAAUACACAUAACAAAUAUGAUUUUAAUAUUAACUCCGGCUCAUUAAUUCCUUCCGAUAGGCUUUUAAAUCAAAACGAAAUAAGUUUUAAAACACAUAAAUUAAGAAAGAAUCCACAGUCUGAUUCUAAUUUGGUAACAUAUACUGGAUCAGCUCUUGAAUACGAUGAUGUAUACAAGGAUUUAUCAGUGGAGAGUGAUUUCUCUACAAUUUUUGGAUGUAAACCCCUAAUUAACACUCUUUCUAGGAUUUUUGCAAAGGAAGGUUUGUCAAAAAUGAAUGAAUACCAGUUAUCUCUUUUUGACGAGUUAUCCCUUGGAAGAGAUGUGAUACUACAUAGUUACACAUCUUCGGGAAAAACAUUUUCUGUGCUUUUAUAUAUGGCGCUUCGAUACUACUACCAGUUUGACCCCAAGUUUUUAUCAUCCGUUUCAUUUUCUGAAAUUCUAAAUCGGAUUAAAGAUGAGGAACAUAGUGGUUCAUUACAUUUUAAGAGAAGACAGACGUAUUUAAACCGUAGAGUCUUGGUUUUAUGUCCAACAAAGGAAUUAGCAGCCCAGUCUGCCAAUCAGCUUGUUAAUUUUACUGACGGAAUGGAGAAUGCAGUUCACUUAAUAAUAGAUGAUCAUGAUGUGUGUCCUAAAAUAUCCCCUGAAUCUAUAUUUAUAGUAGGAUCGUCAAACCAGGUUGAAUCGUAUUUUUUGGUAAGUUUCUAUAAGUUUAAUUUUGUUCAGAAUGAAGAUCAGAAACACACAAGAUCCAUUUUACAAACUAUAGAUUAUGUUUUCUUAGAUGAAAUGGAUCGAUUAAUCAAAGUGGCAAAUCAAUAUGCGAAUGAGAGGAAGAGAAGGCUUCUAAAUGAGAAGCCAGGUUCAGCAUAUAAUAUUUGUCAGACGUUACUCUCUAUAUCCCCUAACAAACUAAGACUUGUAUGUGCUUCUGCUUCAAUAACAAGACAGCACAUACGCAAAGUCAACACCUUGAUUAGGAUGUACAGAAAUAGUAGAGAUAACUUGACAGCACUGAUUAGGAAGAAAAUAAGCGCAACAGACACUGGAAGAUACGUCUCAAUUCCUGAAACCAUUAACCAUUUUUACUCUGUUUCAUCUCAAGAUAGUCAAGAGUCUAAAAUUAAAAUUUUGUUGAAUAUGUUGAAGAGUGAUACGGGGAAAGUAAUCGUAUUCCUCAGUUCGGGUUCACUUUUUUCACUCAAAGAAAAGCUGGAGAAACAUAAUAUUAAGUGUAAAAUACUACACCACGAGUUUGGAAUAAGAGACAAUUACAAUAAGGAGGAAUCGGAAAUAGGAGAAACCAAGUCUAAUACUGCAGUUGAAAAGAUUAAAAAAUUACAAAAUAGUAUUAAGGAAGGGGAAGGUGAAUAUAUUCUGAUAGCAUCCACCGAUUCCGCAAGAGGAAUACACCUAUCAAUGCUGGAUUCGGUAUAUAUAGUUGGAAGGCCAAGAAAUGUAAACGAGUAUAUACAUAUAUCAGGUAUAAAAAUGAGUAGUGAAAAUGUGCAGGGAGAGUCGGAAGAUGUUCUAGAACAGGAAGAUGUAUAA